GUGAACGUGUUAGCAUAUUUAUUAUCAAAUCAUUGUGAAACUGCCACGUGUCUAUUAUAAUGUGAAUGCAUUUAUUACAAUGCUUUUCUUUUAAUAUAUAAGAGAUUUUAAUUAUUGAGAUGAUAUAUAUCUUGACAUUUUACUCGUAACACCUUUCUUUUUUUCCUAUAAGGGAACAAAACUCUUUUUAGUGCGUUUGCCCGUAACCCUUUCUUAGAACGGGGAAAACCCAUUUGAGAUUUUUAAUGUAUGAUUUGAUAUUUUUAAUGUAUGAUUUGAUAUUUUUCUACUAAAAGAAGUUUUUUAUAAUUUUUAUUUAUGAGACAUUUUUACUGUUUCUUAGUUAAAAGUUAAGAGACAUAUCUUAUAUUAUACUAAGAAUUUCACCCUAAAAACAUGCAUUAAUGUUAAUGCUUUUAGAAUGCAAAUUUAUACAUUACUCAUUACUAUUCUCUUAGAACUGCAAAUGUAUACAUUACUCAUUAGUACGUUAGAUCUAACAUCUACUUAAUUACACGUAGACGUGCAUUUGCUCCAUGCACGUGCUAAAACUAUAAAAGCAAAAAAAACAUUUUACGUGAACUUGUAUUUGUUUUGGUAAAACGUAACCUUUUAUAUUGACCAUGUGUUCUCUAAUGUUUUCUUAAUCUGUCAGAGCUAAGGUACUUAAAAACGAGAAAUACUCCAGAUGAAUGGUUUGAUUACAGUGGCAGAAAAAAUGUAAGCUUUACAUAAAUCAAAAUUAAUUUAUGCAGAUUUCAACAAACUUUCGGUUGGAGGACUAACUAAUUCUGGUUAUGUAAUUAACUGAAGAUAUAGUAGUAGAAACCAUAUUUUAUACUUUGCAUAUGCGAUCUUUAAAUUUUACAUAUAUAUAAGGAUGUAUAAUAAAAUAGUGUAUUGGACUAAUUAAUGAGAAAUAUAUUAAUUGAAACGAGCUAACGAAUGUAGUCGAUCGAAGAAUUAGAUAUUGUUGUGAAAAAUCUGAUUUUGGAUCGAUCAAAUAGAUUCCGAAAAUAGUUUUUCUCGACACCUGAAAACACACAAAAGCCUCGGCGUUGUUUGUAUAAUCAUGUUUCCUUGGACAAACCACAUUAGGAGAAGGAUAAUAUCAACUUUAACUAAAAAGUCUAAAAAGAAAAUUAAGAAAAUCUAAACCACUUAAAAUAAGAAAACCAAUUGAAGUAAAUGUUAAAAGAAGGAUUGAAGUUGCUGUUAUGUUGGCGCCGAUGACAUACAUAAGAAAAAAUUGAUCUGUAUGUGUAUACACGCGACAAAAAAACAUGUUCGACCUUUUUAAUCAAGAAUUCGGUUGAAAAAUAAUCGACCGACUUUCCGCAGUCGCGUUUUGUAAAUUCAUGAGAAAAUAGUCAGAAAUUUUUCCAAAAAUUUCUAAAACAUAUCUUUAUUUAUAAAUAUCUAAAACAUACUUUUUUUAUACCAAAAAAUCAUGAGAAAAAUAAUCAAAAAUAUUGGUUGAAGGUGGUGAAAAUUUUCCAAACAUAGCUAUACCAUAUAUUAUGUUACAAAAAAAAGUGAUCACAAGAAUAAUACAGAAAUUUCCUAUAAAAAUUAUUGGUUGAUAAUUAGAUAUGUUUUAGAAUUUAAUCAUAUAAAAUGUGCUAGUGUGUUUUUUUAUAAGCAAAUGAUACCAUCUUCCAAAUUCUAAAUAAAGAACUUGAAAACCAAAAAUACUGCAGCAAGUAAAGUAUAUGACACCAUCCGACGAAGAUAUAAUAUUUAGGAAGGCCCAUUAGUAUAGUAUUGGGCCUCAAAAUAUUAAAUCAGAUAUUGCUAGUUUUUAUAAUUUUUCCAAAUCUGUAGACUCUCUUACUUUUUGGGGCCUUCCCUUGUCUGCACUGUAUAUGUAAUAAUGACAUUCAAAAAAGAUCAAUCAUUGUCACGUUGCCAAAAACUGGCCCACACAAAAAGAUCUGUUUGUCUUAUCGAAAGAAGCAAAUUCCAAGUUUGCAAUGACUUCAAAGUGCUCAUGUCCAAUGACUUAACGAAAACUCUGCUCCCACACGGUCGCAUAUAAAACUAUCAUUACCUCCUCGGUGACAGUGACCAUAACCUCUCACUUCUCAAUUUUCACCCUAUGGAUCAUGCUGAACUUCAACAAGUCGGAGGAUCCCGACACCUGGUGGCCAUGCCCUGGCCCGGAAGAGGCCACAUCAACCCCAUGAUGAACCUUUGCAAACGCCUCGUCCUCCGAGACCUUAACCUCAUCGUCACAUUCGUCGUCACCGAAGAAUGGCUCGGCUUCAUCGGAUCAGACCCGAAACCCGACCGGAUCCGUUUCUCUACUCUCCCUAAUCUCAUCCAUUCCGAGCUCGUCCGUGCCAACAACUUCAACGGCUUCGUCGACGCCGUCCACACCUUAUUAGAGGAGCCAUUCGAGCGGCUUCUUGACGGCCUCAACUCUCCUCCUCCGACGGUAAUAAUCUCCGACACUUACGUUGUAUGGGCCGUGCGUGUCGGGGAACAGAGGAAUAUUCCGGUGGUUUCUUUCUGGACUAUGUCGGCCACGAUUCUCUCCCUCUUCCUUCACUCCGAUCUUCUCAUUAGUCACGACCAUGCUCUGUUCGAACCAUCAGAAGCAAAAGAAGAGGAGAUUGUAGAUUACAUACCCGGUCUAUCUCCGACCAAACUCCGAGAUCUUCCGCCACUGUUCAACAGUAACAUCCUCCAAGUCUUCAAGAAAAGCAAGUUAUGUUUCAAUGAGCUUCCCACAGAAGUGCCUUCUACCGGUCCUUUGAUACCAUUCCAAGAACUCUCCGUUGAAAACAAACGUAGCAAACCUGAUUACAUCAGGUGGCUUGAUGGGCAAGCGAAAAGUUCUGUGCUCUACAUAUCUCAAGGGAGUUUCCUUUCAGUCUCGGAGGCCCAGAUGGAGGAGAUAGUGGCAGGAGUGAGAGAGAGUGGAGUUCCGUUUCUCUGGGUGGCUCGUGGGGGAGAGUCGAAGAUGAAGGAGGCUCUUGAAGGUAGCUCGGGGUUUGUGGUGAGCUGGUGUGAUCAGCUGCGUGUGCUGUGCCAUGCAGCUCUGGGUGGGUUUUGGACGCAUUGCGGGUUUAACUCGACUUUGGAAGGGAUGUAUUCAGGUGUGCCAAUGCUGGCGUUUCCGUUGCAUUGGGAUCAGAUUCUGAAUGGGAAGAUGAUUGUUGAGGAGUGGAGGGUGGGAAUGAAGAUUGAGAGGAGGAAGAAGACGGAGUUGUUGAUAGACAGAGAAGAGAUCAAAGAAGUAGUGAAGAGGUUAAUGGAUAGAGAGAGUGAAGAAGGGAAGGAGAUGAGAAGAAGGGCUUGUGACGUCAGUGAGAUAUGUCGAGGAGCUGUUGCGGAAAAGGGGUCGUCUGAUGCUAACAUUGACGCUUUCAUAAGGGAUAUUAACAAUAGGGGUUUUUGCCAAAACUAACCCACAACUUGAUUUUAAUUCUAAACAUAUACCCAAACUUGAAUCAAAUGCAAAACUAACCUAAAAGCCUAGUGAAAUUACAGUUCAGCCCCUUGUGACAAA